AUGGCAUUGACAAAGCUCCUGUCGUUCGGCGCGCUGCUCUCACUCACAGCUGCCAUCGAUCCACCCCGACAGCCGAGACAACCGCUAGGAAACGGCGAGAGACGGCUUACCUACAACGAGACCACGCCGACCGCCCUCAAUCGCGCGACCUCGCAAACCGUGAGCUGGAUUUCAGGCGAGCAGGAUGGCUCAUUCGUCACUGUUGCGAAUGGCUCGCUCGUCCUUGAGAACAUCGUAACAGGCAACUCCAGCGUGUUUGUCGCAGCAGAUCGUGUGCCUGAGGACUAUCACGAGUACUGGAUCAGUCCAGAUCAAGAGCGCGUAUUAUGGGCAGUGAACUACACGAAGCAAUACAGAUACUCGUACUUCGCCGAUUAUCUCGUACAGGACGUGGCCAGUGGAGAGACAACACCACUUGUUGCAGACCAAGUGGGGGACAUCAUCUAUGCAGAGUUCGCGCCAACUGGCAGUGCCAUUGCAUUCGUGCGUGGCAACGACCUCUACAUUCAUGACAACGGCGAGGUCAGCAGGAUCACAGAGAAUGGUGGUCCAGAUCAAUUCAAUGGUAUCCCAGACUGGGUGUACGAGGAAGAGAUAUUUGGAGCACGCAAGACAUUCUGGUUCUCGCCAGAUAGUGCCUUCGUUGCGUUCUUGAGCUUCAACGAGACUGGAGUGGGGACUUUCACAAUUCCCUACUACAUGGACAAUCAAGAUGUGGCUCCUCCGUACCCACGAGAGCUGGAUCUCAGAUAUCCCAAGGUCGGCACAACGAAUCCCACUGUGCAGUUCAACAUUCUCGAUGUGGCCACCAAGGAGUACUCCGAAGUGCCAAUUACUGCUUUCUCAGCUAACGACACUGUCGUUGGCGAAGUUGCCUGGAUCACUGAUGAGCAUUCCGCAGUCGUCUACCGAGCUUUCAAUCGCGUGCAAGACCAAGACAAACACGUCGUGGUCGACCCCGUGGCGAAGACAUCUGAAGUCGUUCGAGAGCGAGAUGGCACAGACGGCUGGUUGGACAACAGCCAGGCCAUUCAGUACAUUGGCUCAAUCAGCGGAGGCAACAGCACUGGCACUUACAGCAACUCCAGCAGCGAUUCGUACUACAUCGAUCUGUCCGAUGAGAGCGGCUGGAUGCACAUCUAUCUGCAUUCGACGUCUGGCGGCGAGCCUGUGCAAUUGACUUCUGGCGAGUGGGAAGUUGUUGCGAUCCUCAAGGUUGACACUGCUCGGAAUCUGAUUUACUAUACUUCUACCGAGCACCACAGCACUGAACGCCACGUUUACUCGAUCAACUAUGCUACUCGGGAGAAGAAGGCUAUCGUUGAUGACACUGUGGACGCAUACUGGUCUGCAUCGUUCUCGAGCGGCGGCGACUACUAUAUCCUCUCCUACCAAGGCCCAGACGUCCCAUACCAAGAGGUCUACGCCACGAACACCUCCGAACCACUUUCCACCCUCGUCAGCAACGAAGCUCUAGUCCGCAACAUCUCUCAACUUCACCUCCCAAACAUCACCUACUUCGAACUCUCCCACCCCGAAGGCUUCACCCUCAACGUCAUGCAACGCCUCCCACCCAACUUCGACCCAAGCAAGAAAUACCCAGUCCUCUUCACCCCCUACGGCGGCCCUGGUGCCCAAGAAGUCUCCAAGCGCUUCCAAACUCUCGCCUGGCGCGCUUACAUUUCUUCGGACCCAGAACUGGAAUACAUCACCUACACAAUCGACAACCGCGGAACAGGCUACAAAGGUCGAGCUUUCCGUAGCACAGUCACUAACCACCUCGGACGUCUUGAACCUCAGGAUCAGAUCUGGGCAGCUCAGCAGUUGAUCGCUCAAAAUUCGUUCAUUGAUGCGGAACGUAUCGGAAUGUUUGGGUGGUCGUUUGGUGGGUAUUUGACAGCCAAGGUCCUCGAGGCCGAUUCCGAUGUCUUCUCUUUCGGCUUGAUCGUUGCGCCUGUCAGUGAUUGGCGAUUCUACGAUUCGAUGUACACGGAACGGUAUAUGAAGACCUAUGAGCAGAAUCCGGCUGGGUACAAUGAGACUGCAGUCAGGAAGGCCGAUGGAUUCAAAAAUGCUCGGGGAGGGUUUGGAUUACUUCAUGGAUUGGGUGACGACAAUGUACAUUAUCAAAACGCCGCAGCUCUCGUCGACCUCCUCGUCAGCGAAGGUGUCAGCCCAGAGAAAUUCCAAAUGAUGGCCUUCACAGACAGCGAUCACAGUAUCGUGUACAACGGAGCGAAUGCUUGGCUGUACAAGUAUCUGACUAAGAGGCUAUGGGAUGAGAAGCAGAGGAAGACGGAUCUGGUCGAGCAGACUCAUCAGUGGCUGAAGAAGAGGAGCCUUGUGGGAGAGCAGUAGCGACCAUAUUGACAGCUUCCCAAGGAUAUAGGUAUAUCCAGUAGAGAACGAUCACAGCGUUUUGAGGAAGAUCGCAAUACUGACGUUUGAGCAUAUUUCUCGGCAUUUCUUGGCAUCUAACUUCAUCGUGAGUGGGCAAUCUCUCUGUCCACAGCUACCGCCUCGCAACAACGUCGAUCUGAUGCUGUGCAAGUUACCGGAGAUACUGCUCUCAUUUUGUCUACGAGAUUGCAUGUUCUGAUCCUCAAGCAAGCGUGAUCUUCGAGGCCUCAUCCAUUUCAUUCCAGAACGCUACCCCUAACCCGGCCGCCCGUC